AUGGGUCAAUACGUAUUGAAAGUUACUGGAGAGUUGUCCAAUGUGACGGACUUGAAACCUGUGGAUACUACUGAUUCUCCCUUUGAAUACACUUUUGUCAUUGAGUGCACCAACUGUCGUGAAGAACAUGAUAGACCCAUUACCAUCAAUCUGUUUGAGAAGCAUGACUUACAGAAGUCCCGUGGAGAUGCUCUGUUCAUUUAUAAAUGUGCAUCUUGUGGACACGAGAAGUCCACCACCAUAACUAGAACUAAAGAGUCAUUGUCGGAAAGUGGCAAAUGGGCCACUAUCUUGGAAAUCGAUUCCAGAGGUAUGGAACUUAAAAAGUUUAACCCAGAAGGUCGGUUCCAGUGCGUGGGAUCUGAUAGUGGUACUCAUUUUGAUGAAGUCGAUUUAGAAGAAAGUGAAUGGUAUGACUACGAUGACAAGGUAGGAGAAGAAGUUAGCAUUACUGAGGUGAAAUGGGAAUUGGCCAGACGAUAA